CUAGUUCCAUUCAAGUUAAUAUCUUAAAAUAUACAUAUUUUCACAUAAUAGGAUACUUAUGCUGUUAUUAAAUAGAAAAGAAAAGUUAUAAUAAAUAUAAAUUUGAUUUAUUUUUAUUUUAGCUUGUCUUAAAAAAAUACUGCAAUCAAUAACUGUUGGAGCCCUGGGUACCGACGCUUGCUAGCCCUUGCUAUUUAACAAAACAAAACAGAUUUAAAUGAGUUCAGGAAAUGUGCAGCCUACCAGGAACCGAGUCGCCUUCUAGUGAUGCUACAAGUUGGCGCCGAUGGUGCCGCCUUUGCGCAAAGGAUCAUCCCAAGAACAGGAACGCUUACUAUCCGAAGGACGAAGGAGAGACGUGGACGAAUACACUGGCCAUGGCCAUUGGAAAGUACUUUUGGGUGGAUAUUAAACAAGAGGAUGAGCUGAGUAAUCAUCUGUGCAUCGAGUGCUUCACCUUGAUAGAGCGCCUUAUCGAAUUCUCGGACAGAGUUCGCCGUGCUCAGACGCUUUUCAACAGGCUGUCAAACCUAAAUCCUGAAGCUCCAACGAAUUUCGAGGAGCUGCGAACGGAUUGCGGUUUGGUCUCCAGCGAGUGGAAGCAUAUUAUGUCCCGGGCGGUGGAGGAAUCGGAGCCAGUACAGAGCAGCGAGGGGGCUCGAAAACUAGAGGAGCUUGUUGCCGAGCUAGAGGUGGAGGCUUCGGAGGAGUUAGGAACACUGGAUUACAUAGAGGACGACGAACAGCCACAUAACGAUGAUGAGGAGGAAUUCAAGGAGUCGGAUAUUAUUGAUAUGGAGGAAAAUAUGAAGGCAGGGAGUCACGGGGCAAUGAAACCCCAAGCGAGUGUUUCAGAUGAUGAAGAAUUUUUAGACGAUCUAGGCCAGGAAGACCUAAUAAUAGAGGAAGAUGAGGACGAGGAUGAAGAUGAAGAUGAGGAAGAGCCAUUGUAUGAACCAACCACAUAUAAGUGCAACAUUUGCAGUAAAACCUACAAGAAACAUAAAGCCUACCAGCGCCACAUGGAAGAGAUCCAUCACACGCCACCGACGGAAUCACCGCAGCUGGAGUGUGAUCAGUGCGGCUUGAGCUUUAGUAGGGCGUCCCAGUUAAAUUCUCACUACCGCACGCACCAAUCUAGCAAAGAGAAACAGGACAACUGCUGUCCGCACUGCAAUAAGAACUUCACUACGGUCGGAACGCUGAAGCGGCACAUAGAGGGUGUUCACAAACAGAUCAAACCGUAUGAAUGCGCUCUUUGCGGCAAGGGCUUCAAGUAUCUAACCGGACUCAAGGAGCACAAGCUCGUACACACCGACGACUGUCCCUUCGAGUGCCCGGUGUGCCUCCGGCGAUUCAAGAACAAGGCCAGACUAAAGAUCCAUUCCGACAUUCAUAGCGCCAACAUUUACGAGUGCAGUAUCUGUGGUAUGAAGCUCAAGACCCGCAGAACAUUCAACAAACACAAGUUGGUCCAUUCCGACGAAAGGCAGUACAAGUGCGAUGUCUGCGACGCCUCGUUCAAAAGAAGCAAAACUCUGAAGUCGCAUCUCAUUUUGCACACUGGCAUUCGACCGUACAAGUGCAAUUUCUGUGGCAGGGACUUCUCGAAUGGGUCCAACUGUCGAUCGCACAAGCGACAGACUCAUCCCAAGGAGCUGGCCGAAGAAGAGGCGAGGGGAAUAUCCCGAUCCACUCUGCUGCCCCUGAUGGACGAACUGACCAAGGCGUCCAAGCUCAUUAAGACCCCAGCCAAACGCAGCAAAGCAAAGAAAAUUGCCAGCAAAAGUCCAGUACUGACCACUCAACCCGCUUCAAAGAACUCUGAUGACGUUAUCGUCUACGAGCUAGUGCAGGAGUUGGCCUUUUCCUAAGUAUUACAAUAAGUCUAACAAUAAAACACGAAUAAAAAACACAUUUACAUGGGUUACUCGGUA